AUGGCAAUACAACUAUUAGAUUCAUUAAUAGAAGCUAUUAAAAGGAGGGAUCUCAAGAUACAAAGGAAUCGAGAUGAAAUCAUUGAAUUAAUGUUUCAAUUGGUAGAUACAAAUUAUCAAGAAUCGCUGACAGAGUUUGCAUGUAAUCGUAGGGUACAAUCAUCAAAUCCUUUCGAUCAAAACAUGAAAAUCUUUUUGUUUCGAGAUGUUGCAUCUACUGGAAACUUGGAGAUGCUCAAAUAUUUAAUCAAAACAAAUCCACGUCAACGUAAAACAUUGGAAUCACAUAUAUUGACUAGAGCAAUUGUCAAUGGUUCCCUACAUUUUGUACAAUUCCUAAUUCAACAUAUUCUAUAUUGUUCUAAAACUACUUUACACACGGCAAUUGAAAGUGGAAAUUUAGAAAUAUAUAGGUAUCCAGAAUGUUUAAUUGAAAGUGUAAAUUAUACGAUUGAUCAUAAUCGUAUCGAUCUAUUUAAAGAGUUGAGAGGACUCAUUCGUCAUGCAACAUCAUCUCAAGAGGAGAAUGGCGGUGUCCAAGCUUGGAUCAUUGAGACCUAA